UGACGGCAUGCCAUGUACCGAUCGGUCCAGCACCAGUCUGUGACACUCUCACCAGGACGUCAGUACUUCUUCGCCUCGCUCUUCGUUGCACAACUCAAGGCGUCCGUGCACAAGAUGGCACAACGCGCAAGCGACCCCCUCCUCCACUCUCAGCCAGCAUAUAACAACGGCACCUUGCCAUCCUCUGAACCUGAAGACCCAUCGUUCAGACUUGCAAGCAUGGUCCAAACUCAGCGCGACAAGACCGGCAUGGCACUUGUGCUUGCCGGCACGUCGCUCCUCGGCCUCUCGACCAUAACGCUCAUCCUCACCUCGCCGGUCCCCAAGCUCUUUGCGUGGCACCCGUCGCUGAACUCGCUCUCACUCGUCCUCGUGGCGAUCGGCAUCUCCGUCGUGCAACCGCCCACGCCGCCGCCCGACGCGCGCCAGAAGCGCAUCGACGUGCACAAGCACGUCCUCGGCUUCGCAACCUUGCUGCUCUGCGGCGGGGUUACGUCCAUGUACUACAACAAGGAGGCCAACGGCGCAGAGCACGGCGCCUCGCCGCACGGCGCCGCGGGAUAUGUCGUCCUCCUCUGGAUGAUAGGGCAGGCGGUCCUUGGCGGCAUCGCUCUCCUCGCGGGCAAGCACGGGCUGUGGCUUUACAAGUGGCACCGCCUGUCGGGAUACUUCUUCACCGCGUCCGCGCUCUUCGCCGCGUUCGUGGGCGGCAUGCUCACGCCCUGGUCGCAGACGCGCCCUGCGCCCCUCCGCAUCGCCGCGUACUGCAUCGGCAUCCCGCUCAUCGCCACUGGGCUGGCCAUGCGCGUCCAGACCAGCAAGAUGUCAUUUGGCAAACGCCGUGCUUAAUAGCUCACAUAGAGUCUGCUUGCAGGCAUCUUAAGCAUCCUAUGACACCGAGCUGGGGGGAGAUUCAGCCACGUCUCUCAGCUUGCAGUCGUGGUGAUCUAGUAUCCCUUUGUCAGGUCGACGAGGUUGAACGGCCGCUUUCCUUCGCGAAUGCGUUGGGCGUUGGCGACGCAGAUGUCCGUCGCGAUCUCGAACUCGCCCUCGGCGUUGCCCGUCAGAUGCGGGGAGACGAUGCAGCGGGGGUGCGUGA